CCGUCCACAUCGCCUGACAUCGAUUGCACAAGCCCAUGUCGCAAAGCAUGUUCCCAAAGCUGGCCGAGGAUUAUGCGAAGUUCAAGCGCUAUGUGAAAUGGCUGUACACCCUCUACGAGCUGAACACACAGAUCGCCAUAUGUGAGCCGUGGGAAAAGGUCUUCCUCAAUGUCCUCCUCGGCAGCUUCGUCUCCCUGAUCCUCUACGCAUCCUUUGCCUUUGUGCCGGGCUAUUGUGUCACCGUCUUCCAGCUUUUGUGGCCCCAAACGAGCGUACAAAAUCUCACCAGCGUUUGCAGUGCGAGUACGGAGGGCUUUUGCGCCAACGAAAGCGGAUCAGUAAUAACAUAAUCUUAGUGUAGCUUAUCUUAAUCAAUAAAUAAUUUAAUACCUAGCGGCUAA